CAGUAGUACGCGCGACGGCCCGAUCGCGGAAAAGCUCAUCAUCCCGUCGAGAGUCCGGCGUCGCCGGAGAAGCGCGUUUCUCCUCGACAGUCGCACAACAGUCGGCACGACAUCAGCUCGUCCGUCGUCGUCUGGUCGUCUGGCCGCGUGUUAUUGGCGUAACCGCCGCCGUAAACGAUAAUAUAUUAAUAUUGUUGAAAACACGACGGAAAAUUAUAAAGCGGCGUAACCCGUCGCACACCAAACCGCACUCGUAUUAUUGUAAUACGUUAUUGUCGUCAUAAUAUUACGGCGCCGUAUAGCGCGACAGACGGCAACCACACUGUUGUGUUACCCGUUUUGGAUUCGUUUCCCGAAUAUUGUUGGUUUUCGAAAACCUGAUUUUGAAGUAUUCCCGUACGGGCGAGACCGCUGCGCGGCCGCUAAUACCACGUCCGGACAUGAAGGACACCGACGAAUGUUGCGGGACAACCGUUUUCGGCUGUUUUCCGGGCGCGAGGCGCAAAAAUAAACCGCCAAAGGCGAAAGCGUCGCCGCCGGAACAGCAUCUGGGGGACAGCCCGGGCGGCUCGGUGCAGGCGUUCUACCGGCAAAACCGCGGCAAGUCUUGCCGGAAGAUCAUGCGGUUCAACGGAUAUCCGAACAAAGUGCUUCUUUAUCCAGAAGAAGGAUGGGCACGGAGUGCAGUUUCUAGCUAUUGGACUCUCACGCCAUCAUGGUGGAAUCGAAGCAAAUGUAAAGUAGUAGAAGUAACAGGCACUAGAAAGUAUACAACAUUGGCUAAAAUGGUCGACACCGAUACCGGCAAUCUUUUCAUCGUCGGUUCGUUCAAUAAACGUACUGAUCCAGAUUUUAAAUUAUGCCUUACGUCUAAUGUAAGCACAGCUGAUUUCAACAUGGGCUACAGUAUUACCGGUUCGUUGGAGUGUGGAUCAACAAAAAAUAACAGUUUCCAAACAACACAUUUCGCCGUUAUUCGGAGAAGAGAUUUUGAUACAAAUCGACCUUAACAAUAAAAAUGAUUUGAAAAAAGAAAAAAAGGAUUAUUCCGACCAAUAGACGCGCAUCUGAGACUAUUCGCUGAUUUAUGUUUAUUCAAUCCUAAAUAAUUAUAAAGAUACAAUAAUACAUUAAAGGCAUACAAUAGGCAUGAAAAAACAUACCUCGGGGGUAGUUGUGUUCAUAUAUUUCUUAAAUGUCCUACGUUAAGGUUUUUGUAGAAAAAUAUAUUAUUUUUGUCAUUAAAAUAAUGUAUAGGUUAUAUAUACCGGUAUUAGUAUGACAAUAUUUUUUUGUAGCUAAAGACAGGAUUCAUGUUUCACUGCCAAUUUUUAAUAAUUUUUUUUUUCUUCUAAUGCAUCUUGUAAAUAUAAUUCUUAUUAAAUUCAGUACAAUCAGAUAAAUACGUAGGUUGACUAACAUAAUCAAUUCGAAUGAAAACUAAGUAGGUAUGCACAAUUGUGUUUCCCGGUGCACAUUAAAUUCAAGAAUAAAACUAAAUUUGAUUACUCCACCAAAAUUACUUGAAACUAUUUAAUCUUCAUAUUCGGUUGUUGGACGUAGUAAAUAAAUUAAACAAUAUUAUAGUAUUAUACACUACAGUUUGUUAUGAAUGUACGUGGAGUUACAAUCAGAUUAAGUUUACUAUGACAUAAUAUGAAUAUUAGUAGUUAAACAUUUUAUAUCGUAAUGUGUACCAUCUCGGCUUAGUAUUUUCCUAUUGUUAUUAAUAAAACUAAAAUGUUAUAAAAUGAUAUUAUUUUGAAUAGUAAAAAUCAACAUAAUAAUUGAAUAACAUAAUUUGAUAAAUAUGUUUUACAAUGUAAUACGUACAGAGCCGAAAAAUUCUAUACCAAGUUGUAUGAUAACGUUUAUUCCUUUUUAAAUAUUCUUCAACAAUUAAAACCAUAAUAUUAUGGUUUAUAUAGCCUGUGAAAUGUAAAUUUAUAUUACCUAAGUUAAUUUAUAUUUAUUUAUAGCUUAUAAUAUAGGCGUAUACAAAUUACGUAUUUUAAGAGUAGUGUAAGUACCUACGACUAUAAUUUUAAGUAUAAUAUAUUUAUUAUUAUUAUUUUUAAGUAGACAAUUUUUUUUUAAUUUUUUUUUUUGUUAAUAUUUUUUUAAGACUCAAAAGUCAAAUUGUAUUAAUUUAUUUUUAAAAAUAAUAAAAAUAGCUUUUGUGUUGUUGUCCACGUUUUAAACACAGAUUCGUCACUCUAUAUAUCCAUUUCCAAUGGACAUGGCAAAUAACAUUAAAGCAGGGUGAAGUUUCAGGGAAAAGUUUAAAAAAAAUGCAGAACAUAAAACUUUCUGUUUCAGAUUUUUAGUUAAAGUUUUAAGAAUUCGCAUGAGCUGUAAUGUAAAUUUCUGGCAUUUUAUAUACUUUUCAUUGCAAGCCCAACGAUAAUCCGUACGUGAGUUGGUUUUAUUACUCAAACGUGAUUCAGAUGUAUCUGAUCGGAUAUGUAUGCGCUCAAAUAUCUUGAAUUUCUUAAAAGUUUAACGAGUAAUUAUUUUAAUGUUACUUCCAUUUUGUACAACUAAUAAUAUACUGUUAACAUCAAUAUUAUAAUAAUAAGUAAUUAAUAUAACUAUAGUAUAAGUCAGGAAAUAAUGAUUUCAUUAUAAAAAUUAAUUUUUAAUUUAUUAUUCAUGAUUAAUUUGUUAAAAAAAAAAAAAAUAGUUAUAAAUUAUAAUAAUAUACAUUAAUCGGUGUUUUACGGCCAUAAAAUCAGAUAACCCGUCCAUAAACAUUUUGAUGUCACUAUCCAAUAAACAUCUAACUAUACAUUUAAGAUAUUAUUUUAAAUGUUCUGAUGUUUUUUAUUUUGCCUACUGUUUUAGUCGAAUCUUUGUGUCCUAAAAAUUAGAUUAUUGUACACAUUAUCAUAAAGUAUUUUGAUAUAAAAUGACGAAGUUGAAUAGAACUGUAUAAUAUAAUUAAGUAAUAUAUAAGGUUGUAUAAUAUGCUUUCAUAGAACUGUUUAUUUAUGACUUAAACUUAGGCAUAAAAAUGUAUGUAUUUAUUGUGUAAUUGCUUUAAUUUUAACAUACAUUUGUGAUAUUGAAAACAACGUAAAUAAACGUUUAUCAAUUUGCUAUA